AUGCUUGAGAACAACCAGGGACUUGCAUCGAUCAACGAUUGUCACAAGCAUUUGUCUCUAUGUGAUUCAUUUGGCGAGGAUUUUUGGGUGAAAAAGCCGUCAGGCAGGGUCAUCAUAUGCAAAAACAAAGGGCAGAUUGGCGUAGUUACAAUUUAUGAGAGUGGGAAUAUUUUCAACCACAACAUCCUUCAAGUUGCAGGAGAACCACGCAGCACCAUCACAAUCCUUGAUGCGAAAUGGAUUGGCCAACAUCUCCCAAAGCAGUGGAAAGCAAUUUGCGAAAAAUCACAUCGUCGCAGCGAUCAAAGCAGUUGUCUUAUCUCGCAAGCCAAAACAUACUUGCAGCCCUCCAGUCCCCAGUACUUCGUGGAUACUUGGCUGAGAUGUCUUGCGCCAGCUUCUUCCGAUAUGAACUACAUAACCCUAAGUUAUGUUUGGGGACAAGUUCGGAAUUUUACGACUACAAAGGCAACUCUUGCGAGGCUCCAGAAACCAGGCGCUUUCAUUGAUCCGAAAGUUCUCGAGAAGCUACCAAAUACAAUCAAAGACGCCAUCAACCUGGUCGAAUAUCUUGGAGAAAGAUAUUUAUGGAUAGAUGCACUAUGCAUUGUACAGGAUGACGAUGAGUGGAAGUAUCAACAGAUUGACAACAUGGCCUCGAUCUUUGCAAAUUCCCAUCUGACUAUCAUCGCAGAGGAUGGAGACGAUGCAAACUACGGCUUGAGAGGACUGCGGGGGAUCUCCAAACCAAGGAAUUUCGUUCAAAAGGUGCACAAGCUUACGUCACGCCUGCAAGUCGUCGCUGUUUCUUUGUUCGACGAUAGACUACGCACACCGAGUCGUUGGGGGACAAGAGGAUGGACAUUCCAAGAAGACGUUUUCUCUACGCGACGAUUGAGAUUCCAUAGAGACAUGGUGCAAUGGGAGUGUAACGGAAACUACUGGAGGGAAGAGAGAGACAAAGUCCAUAAGAAUGUGAGGCUCGGCAGUCCUAGAUAUCUAUCCGAGAUUUUUGUAACACCUUUCCCUUCUCUUUCAGGCUACGUAGACCUUAUACAGGAAUACGGGAAACGGGAGUUCACAAAUCCAGAGGACGCAUUAUUCGCAUUUUCUGGAAUCACUACUGUCUUGAAUCGCACAUUUUCUGGUGGUUUUAUUGCCGGGCUUCCAUCCAUGUUUCUGGAUAUAGCUCUGCUAUGGCAGCCCACAUUUACUAUGCGACGGCGGACUACCAUGAUCAAGUCAGAUAUGCUUCCUUGUCUACCCAGCUGGUCUUGGGUCGGUUGGAUAGGACCAACUUCUUCUCAGAGCUGGGAUCCAGGCCAGUGCUAUAUCAAAAGGUCAUCACAGCCACGAGUUAAAGGUAGCAUGACAUCCCAUAGAGUCAUACCAAUCGUGCAGUGGAGUGUAAGUGAAACACUUCAAUCGACCAAGAAACAAGUCUUCAGGCCUUGGGAAAAAUACCAGUUCCAUAAUUGGGAUGAUUCCCAAUCUAUGCCGCAGGGUUGGACUAGGCACCAGUAUCAAUGUCGCGACUUGGUCUCUCAAGCGCCGCUCUACCUUCCUCCAAGAUCAACCGGAAGUGUUCGUAACUAUUUCAAGCACGAGAAGUUUCCGGACACGGAGUUUUGGCACCCUAUUCCUCUCAAUAACGAUGUUAACGGAUCAACCUGCCCUAACGCUCGAUAUCUGUCAGGGCGGACCCAAAGGGCAUGGCUCUACAACGGCAGUGUUUUCCAACCCAAGUGGAAUGACGGGCGAGUUCUACUAAAUGAUAGAUUUGGCGACUGGGCUGGCAUUCUAGGUCCAAACGACGAGAGUUCCAAGGAAAUAACACUGGAAGUCAACCUAAAAAUAGAAUUAAUAGCGAUAUCAAAAGGGCUCACGACUCCAAAACGCGAUAAUAAUCUCGACUUCGAAGAAUGGGUGAUCAAUGAGCAGCACAAGUCUCUGGAAAUCUACAACUUCUAUCAUGUCAUGUGGAUCGGAUGGGAUAAUGGCGUUGCGUACCGAAAAGCUCUGGGGCGCGUUCCCCAAGACAUAUGGGAACGGCAAGAGUUGGAAUGGAUAGAUGUAACGAUUGGAUGA